AUGAAGAUUUACGUGACAGAGACGGUGGCGGGCAUGACUAUCACGAUCAACGUCAGCAGUCUAGACACCGUCGAUAACUUGAAAGCCAAGAUCCAGGACCUUGAGGGCUUCCCGAAGGCUCAGCAGUGCCUCGUUUUUGCCAGCACGCGGCUGGACGACGGGAACCGCACCAUGGCUGGCCACAACAUUGGGAAUGAGUCCACCCUUCUCCUUGUCCUCCUCCCGUGUAUUUCGAGAGGAGACAUGAUGCAGGUCUUCGUGAGGACGCUGGAUGGGAAGACCAUCACUCUUUGGGUUGGUAGCUUGGACACCGUCGGCAGUGUCAAGGUGAAGAUGUACGAAAUGAAGUACGACCCUUUCCCUAAACAGCAGCGCCUCAUCUUUCAAGGAAAGCAGCUGGAGGACGGCCGCACAUUGGCGGACUACAGCAUUCAUAGGGAGUGUACCCUUCAUUUGAUGCUCCGCCAGCAUUCAUAG